UCUUUGACACAUUUUACUUGAUUUUACAGACGCCAUAUUUGUCACGUUUUUGCCAGUUGUGAAUAUAUUUAGCCAAAAAUUUAAUUUACAGUAGCGUCACGGCGUGUAAUUUUUGAAGUGUCAACAAUCAAAUCCAGAAUGAGCCAAAUUUUUCCUGAAAACAAGGAGAAGCAGCCGCGCACAUCGUCAAACGAAACUAACAACUCAUUUGUCAAGAAUGUAACAUCCAGAGUAUCUGGCUUACUACCUAGUACAAUCACAAAGUGGUUCAGUAGUCCAAGCUCUUCAAAUGCAAACGGUUCAACUUUUACUGCUGAAGCAUCGGACUCCUCAGAAGAUGAAGCAACAGAAACUGCCGUAAUAACUCAACCACCAGCAAAGCGUAUGCGUUUCAACCCACCUGGAACAUAUAACCAUUACAGUCCUACAGAAGCACCUUGCUCGUCUUAUGAUGUUGAGAUCAUAGAAACCCCAUACAGUCCAUACACUGGUACACAGUAUGCGCAGCCAAGCCGGAACACUUACACCACACCACUGCGUCCCCAGAAUGAAGAACAAGAUAAAAUGGAACAAGAGACAACAUCCCGUAUGUUCAAGCUGCCAUAUACUGUGUCUAGUACUGGCCAAUCAAUCGUCAAUAAAAGAAAGUCAAUUUUCGAUACCACAUCUAGAGAAGAAAUUAAAGCAAAGGAAGCUGUGAAAUCAGUGGCCAAUGCAGUGCAUGAUCCAAAGCAGCCCAGCUUUAAACCUAGUCUACUUGGAUCACCAUUUUACCCUGGCAGGACUAUGUAUGGGGGAGCAGCAUCUUCAUACAUAAACCAGCCUAACAUAAAACAAGAAUCUGUGGCAGUAGUGAAGGAGACCAAGAGCAAUGACGACUCGGCUAUCAGCAGCUCUGCGCGACGUGUCAUGGAUCUAUUAGAUAGUUACUCCUCCCCACUCAUGGAAGCCAGGAGGAUUCCGCUAUAUACUAAGCCUAAAAACGAAGGCUUCAACGAUGCCCCUAACAGAUACUCACCUUACGCGAGUAAAAUUAUAUCCCCCAAGACACAAGAGCUCCAUGUUCCCAGCGUUGCGUCAAUACUGCGACUGAAGAAGAAAUCUCGUCUCAUGGACACGACAAAAAUCGCGCGACAAAUUAUAGCUUCCCACAGCAGUACUUCAGGCUAUUCUAUGUAUCAGGAUGAAGCUGAACGGAAAGAGCCAGAGAAAGAGCAACCCAAGAAAAUGACUACCAAAGUGAAAUCAAGGCUUACAAGAGCCGACCGACGAAACACAGAAGAGGUUGAUGCACCGACUCCAGUGGAACUGCCCACGGGCGGCCUUCAAUUAGAUCAGGACAACUUACCUAAGUUUUCUUUCGGUUCCGCGGCCUUUAAACUACCGGCCACAUCUACGCCUAAACCUGCGCCCUGUGAGAAAAUUAAUAUUAAUGUAUCUCCAGUCACUCCAGUCACUCCAGUCAAUCUAUUCAAAUUUUCCAACCCUGAUACAGUGUUGAGUGACACACUUCAAGUGAGUCUGGAGGUGGCACUUCCGAUAUACACCUUUAAAAGUCCAGAUCUCCGAACAGAUCAGAUAUUUGAAAACAAACGUGACGAAGGUUCUGUUAUAAAUGUUGUCAAAGAAUCCGAAAAAAAUACUACUGUGUCAAUAGACUGGCAGUGUUCUGAAUGCUGGGUUAAAAAUAAACCUGAAGCCAACAAGUGUGUCUGUUGUGGCUCCAAACCACCAACAAAGAAAAUAGACUGGCAGUGUUCUGAAUGCUGGGUUAAAAAUAAACCUGAAGCCAACAAGUGUGUCUGCUGUGGCUCCAAACCACCAACAAAGAAUCCUAAAUGUUCUGUUUGCAAACUUGCCGAUAGUCAAUCACAAAAAGACAAAUGUGCAAAUUGUGAAAAGAUGUCAGUUUCUAAUGUAGCAAGUCCAAUCUUUGCAACGCCAACUGGAAUAAGUCAGGCAUCGAAACGUUCGUGUGAAGAUUGCUGGGUGAGCAAAGAAGACAGCUCGAAUAAGUGCGUUUGCUGUGUUGACGAGUCGAGUAAUGCUGCCGCUGCUGUAACAGUCGCGUCGACCACGAGUAUCUUCACCUCUAACACCGCCGCAGCCAUACCAAGCACUGUGCCUUUGACAGACAUCUCAAAAACGGAUGCUGAUUGGAAAUGUGAAGAUUGCUGGAUCUCUAAUAAGAGUACUGUAGAUAAAUGUGCGGCCUGUGGCGGGGCCCGGCUCGGUGUCAAACAAAACAAUCCCGCUAAUGUGACGUACAACACGUCGUCGUUCUUCAGAUCUAGUGACGACACAUUCAAAGCGGUUAUUGAACUUCAAAAAUCUAAUAAAUGGGAAUGUUCCAGCUGUUUAGUCAACAAUGAGAGUGAUAAAGAUAAAUGCGUAUGCUGUGGAGCACCAAAAGAAAGCAAAAAUAAAGCACCUGGGCCUAAGUUCAACUUUGGAACCGUUGCAAAUAGUUCAUUUAAAUUUGGCAUUGAUCCAAAAGUGCAAGAGGCUACCAUCGCACAAAAACUAGAAGUUAAUUCAACGAUAGAAUCUAAACCCAAACAACAAUCUGAAACAAAUAAUAAUGUAUUGGCUGAGACCCCAACAUUCACAUUUACUUUACCCACUAAAAAGGUGGAUAUAAAAGCUGAUGAUUCCAACGGCCAGUCAAAUGAGGCUCCAAAAAUGAAUUUAACAUUCGGUAUGCCAAAAGCAAUUCCUAUAGGUGCAGACACCAAGAAAGAUUCAGAGGAAGAAAAAGCGCAGGAAGUUCCAUCAGUUGACUUAAAUUCUCCAGUCACAAACAAUGAAAACAAGAUCUUGCCACCUGCUGUAAAUUCACUCAACCCGCUAGUAGCUGAUGCGAAAAAGGAUUUAAAAGUCAAUUCGGCGCCUUCACCGGUUGUGCCCGAUGCAGAGAAGCCAAAACCAACCUUCUCAUUUGGUGUAAAUGCUCCCAAGCUGUUCGAAGCUCCGUCUAGUACGGCCUCGACGAUGAACUUGUUUACGCAGCAAAUACAAACCACCACUGUGACGACGACUAGUGCCCCAACGUUAUCCCUGUUUAAGCCGCCUGCCGCCACUACGACUGCAUCAUCUUUAUUUCAAUCGCCUGCGCCAUUAUUUCAAAACACUGAGAAGACUAACAAUACUACUACCGGACCAAUGUUUACUUUUGGCAGCAACGGACCGAGUAACCCUGCGCCAUCCGCAGCGAUACCUGCUGCAACAGAAAAGCCAAAAUUCCAGUUUACGUUUGGCAGCAAUUCUGCGCCCAAAACUGAUCCGCCUGCAAUGUUCAAGUCUCCUUUUGCCGCACCUGAAAGUAACGUUAACACGAAUGCCUUUAAUCUACCUGCUGGGACCACGUUGGGUACUAGCAAUAGUUUACCUUCCAACGGAAAUGCUUUGGCAGGGAAUACACUCGGCGGGAAUACUUUAACGAUCGGAGGCACUGGCACUCUAGGAGGUACAAAUGGGUUGUCGGCUAACGCGCUAUCAGUGGGAAGCAGCAUGCAACCCAGCAGUUCCUUAACAGGCGGUGCAACAGGCUUGUUCAAUAACACCGUGCAGAAAGAGAAUGUGUGGUCACCGAGUAGUAAUGCAUCAACCCCAAAUUUGUUUGUGUCUAAUACGACUACAAGUAGUUUGCAGAAGCCGGCCGCGUUUACUUUUGGUUCGGCUACGCCGUUUAAUGCUGCCAAUAGUACACCGACAUUUGGUGCUGCCGCAGCGCCGACUCAGAACAUGUUUGGUAUGAACAACCAGAAUAACAGCGGUCAGUCGUCGUUAUUCUCCAAUACUGUUCAAAGUCAGGCAUCAGGCCAACUGUUCGGGACGCCGCAACCGGCCAGUAACCCCGCCCCACAGAUGCCGAUGUUCGGCGGUCCUAGUAUUGGCGCGACUCCCGCGUUCGGCGCACCGAACCCAUCCAUACCUUCGUUUGAGGCGCCCUCCUUGACGCAACCGGCGGCGCCUGCCUUCAACUUUGGUACAUCCCAGUCGACUGGCAUUUUUGGAUUUGGACAGCAGGCUCCGCUUCAGCAGCAGCAGAUGCAGCCGGCGCCCCUGCAGAGCCAGCAGCCGGGCGGCGUGUACAGCUUCGGCGGCCCGCCCGCCGGCACGCCGCAGGUGCAGUUCAGCAUGGGCAGUGGCGCCAAUCCCUCUGUGCGACGCGUGCGCAAGGCCGUUCGCAGAAACCCGCAACGAUGAAACUUACAUCGCCUGUAACACUGGACUGGAUCCAGUAAGUGUCCUCAUUUAAACUUAAUCCCACAAGUGUGUGUCAAGUGUAGCCACAAGGAUGUAAAGAAAAUUAAAUAUCAUUUGUAACAUUUUAUUUUAACAUUUUUUAUUUUUGUUAGAUCAUAAAUAUCAUUUGCAUACAAUUUCAUUAAAUUCAAAUUAAUUCAUUAAAUUCGAUUUAUUAAUUAAGAAUUAAUUACAACUUGUAAAUCAUUUUUGCUAUUGAAUGCUGCAAUAAUAAAGCUCAAUUAAAGUUAAAGCUUCAUUAAAUCUAUUACUGACACUUUUUAUCUAGUUGACAAAAAAAGUCAGCAAUAGAAUUAAAGAAGCUUUAACUUUAAUGGAGCUUUGUGCAACUGACGAUAAGUAACCAACGAACAGGAAUCAUGAAGUAUUCAAAUCGCAUUAUUUAACAACAAUGAAAAGGAAAUGCAUUAUAUAUUUUCGAGACACAUAUUUAUGGAAGGUAAAUUAUUGUGAUGAUUGCUGUUUUUUUAAUAUAAUGUUUUAGGUACACUUAUUGUAUUUUUUUAUAAUGAUUUUUGUUUAAAACAAAGCGGAGGGUCAUACGGGUUAUUAAUCAACUCGACACAGUAGGCUCACCAGAAAUGUGUCCAGUUUAUGAAACUCAAAAUUUGUACAUUUAUUAUUUCGCCAUCUGGACACGUUUUAGCAUUUUAUUCGAAUUGAAUAUAAAAGUAUAGUCGACACAUUUAUUAAAAAUUUACUGUGAAUUGUAUUCUGUUACUUAACAUAAGUGCAUUGAAACCAGAUAGAUGCACAAGCGACUUACUUACUGUAGCCAAAUAAUGUUCUGCAAUAAAAAUAAUGUUAUUGAAAUUGAAACAUUGCUUGUCACAAGUACUAGGGUAACAGAACUUUACAGAAGAUAUUCACUUAAAUCGUGUUACUAAGUAUUUCUAUGUAUAAUGUUUUUUUUCAGAAUACUUUGUUUUUUAUUCAAUGUUAUUAUUUGAUUAAGGUUUACUGAAAAUCACCAACAUUUCCAUUAUUCCUCACAUACUAUGUUUGUUUUCUUUCUCACUAGUAGGUCUACUACUGGGAAUUGCUAUUAUAUAUACAGGGUGGCCCAUCCAUAGGCGUCCAAAAGAAAAAUUUAGAAGCUCUACACCUAGCACCCUGUAUAUAAUUGAAGAAAAACAGAAAUGCUUGAACGUGACCAGUUGGAUAAAUAAUAAAUGUACAAAUUUUUAGUUUCACUAACUGGACACAUUCGUGGUGAGUUUAGUGUGUCGAGUUGACGAAUAACCCGGUCAUACAUACAUAAGUUAACUAUGAACAUAUUUGCUUACAAAUUAAAAUACCUUAUUAGGCUGGCUAAUGUAUUUAAAAGGUGUAUGUUGUUGUAAACACGAAAUAAAAAUAGAAAAAUAUCAAACGAGUAGUUUGUGUGUAACAAUAGUAUCAAGUUACUUUCUAGGUCUUAACCAAUGCGUUUACAUUAUUGGAUAAGGUUUAGGGACAUGUUAUUAAGAUACAUCAAACAAUAUACAACUUUGUAUUUAGCGCUAAUAGUAAUGUUUGCGUCGAGUUUUAAAUCGUUUUUAAUUUCGUAACAUAAGAUUAGAUGUAUGUCUUCAAGUAAGAACAAGCUAGGCAAAACAUUGUACCAGGCGAGGAACCAGAAUUUUUAUAGAUAUUGAAUGAUAGUCAUGAUUGAUUCGCUUAAUUCAUGUAUUUGGAAUGUGAACGCUACGGCGACGAUCUUUUGCUUGGAUUCGAAUUGUUAACUGUAAAUAUAAUAUGUAGUUGAAUUAUGUCGAGGCUGAGUGUAGUCGCAUUUGGAAAUUAUUAACUCUAGGUCUUAUUUUUUUAGCACUGAAACAAAAUCGAUGUUUCCAAAUGCCUUCUACACCUAGUCAUUGUAAUGUAAAAUAUUAUCUGCUGUAUUUAACAACAAAUCAGUGGACCUUAAAUAAACGUUAAUGGAAGAUUGGGGAGCAAAACUAAUUGUAUACUCGACAGUGUUUUGAAAAUAAAGUAAUAAUGUUGAUAAUUGAUUGAAAAACUAAUAAUCGUUGAUUUUAAAAAAAGCCUUUAGAUUUGUUCCUCAAUGAAAAUGGCCAUUCAAAAAAUA